AUGGAGGAACCAAGGCGUUCAAAGCGACUGUGCUACAUGGCCCCUAAUCAAGCCUCAGGUGGGCAUCCUACAGAGCCAGGCUGCUCUGUUGUGGACCCUGAAGACUCCUCAGAAGUAGAUGGGCCCGCAGAGCCAGCCCAACCCUCAAAACCCAUUGCCUACGUGAAACCCUUGAGACGGGAGCCCCCAGCUCGCACAGAGUCGGCUCCUCCUGCAGAGAGAGGUCGGCGGCGGGGAGGAAGCCAGCGGGCAGGGAGAGGGCGAGGCCGUGGCAGAGGGCGUGGGCCCCGCAGGGACGCUGGCCAGAGACAGGGGGCAGAACGCUUGCUGGGACCAGACAUGCACAUCCAACUGCACCACUCUGGAGAGCCAGGUCACCCGGGGGAACCGGAAAUCAGGGAGACCUCAGCCUUCUCUUUUCGUGAAACAGCUCCUGUGCCUAGAACUGUGGAAGGCCCAGGACCCGAAGUGGCCCAGCCUGAGGUGGGGCAUCAGGAGCCGCCCCCUGUCUUUGGCCCUGAAGCUGUUGCCCGGGAACCCAUGUUGACCCUCUAUCCCUGCAUCGGGUUUAGGGCUCUGGGUGGCUCAGAUGUUUUACAGGUCAUUCAAACCCCCAGUGGCACCUAUGUGCAAGGGGUCCCAGUGUUUGUCGCCGACAUUGCAUACUGA